UUCUAAUGGAAUCUUAGGUCUGGAGGGUCUAAGACAAACCUUGGUGGUCCCCAGGUUUCUGGUUUUCCCCAAAGUGUGCUUCUGACUCUUCUGUGAGGGCGGCAGCAUGGGCUAGCAGGGUUACUCAGCCUUGGCAUUUAAAAACUAUAUUUUUAUUUAUUUAUCUGGCUGUGCCGGGUCUUAGUUGUGGCAUGAGGGAUAUAGUUCCUGACCAGGGAUCGACCCAGGCCCCCUGCACUGGGAAUGUGGAAGUUCCAGCCUUGGUAUUUUCGCCACUGGGCUAGUCCUUCAGUGCCUGCCCUGGCAUUGCAGGAGUGGAGCAUCCACCCCCACCCCAAGUCAUGACAACCCCAAGUGUCCCCAGACAUCACCCAGUGUCCCCUGGGGUGGAGACUGAGAACCACUGGCCAGAUGGUCAGGAUGUGGGCUUGGGGCUCCUGCCCUUUUUUGUGGGGAAGGUUGGGUGGGCCACUUGACCUCAGAGCCUGCUUUCCAGUCACCUUUAGGGAGAACUCACUUCCCAAGGUUUCAGUGCGGAUCAAAUACAGUUAUCCUCACAAGGCCCAGUCACUUGUCCGUUCUACAUGUGGGGCCUGGCACAAGAGGAAGUGACCAUGAAAAUUCCUCAGCUGAGCCGAUCUCUGUCAGUAUCAGUUUUCUGAUCCGCAGGCUCACCUGCUUUCAGUGAAUGCAAGGAUCGGGGCAGGGGAGGGCAGGCAGGGAACAGAAGACGGUUCUGGAAGACAGGGCUGGCAUUAAGUGCGUGAUUUGUUACCCAGAGGCGGCCCUGAGUCAGUGUGGUGCCUGUGCAUUCAGGCUCUGGUCCACAGUGGGACUGGGGUCUCCUCUCCCCUGUGCACCGGGUCUGGGGCGGGCAUGGGCUGGGCUACACAAGGACUCACAGAAGCUGAAGGCCUGGGCGGUGCUAGGGGUGGUCCUCAUAGAGUGGAGGAUGGCUUGCUGUUUCCGGGGAGCCCCCAAAAGGAGGGGUGCUAUGAGGUCCCUGAGGCCACUCCCAGGCAUUUCUGGAGCGUGGUGGCACCGGGCCCCACCUCCCUUCGUCUGGCACCUCCUGCCUUCUUGCCUUCCACCUGCUUCCCUCAUCACCUGGGGCUCUGGCUGAUACCCCAGGGGCAGGUGGUUCCAGCUUGAGAAGCGCCGGCUCAGUCAAAUCUCAGAAGCCGAGCGGGCCUUGACGGUGUCCCUGCUGGCAGGGCCCGACCUGGGUGCUGGUGGUGGUGUGGGCUGUGGGCCGUCCUAUCGAUUGGGAAAAAAAAGGCGUAGGUGGGUCUGGCCUAGGUGGCUUGGAAUCUGCUCUCAUUUCCCCAGCUGUGUAAACUCUUGACUGAAGAAGCCGAGCCCCAGCUGACGCUGAAUGAGGCAGGGCCGGCACAGGCUUGCUUCCUGAGGGCUGCAUUCUGUUCACCUGUUCCCCUCUCCGAUCCUCUCUUUCUACCCCUGGGGAGGAGAGAGGCGAGCCGAGGGCCAAGGCCCAGCAGCAAGUGUUGGCCUGCCUGCGAGCUUGGGCUGCCGAGCCACGUCUAGAAGGUCCUCCCGAUGUUUCAUUUCUUUUCUCAUCUCCUGGAUCGUGUUUUUGCUUCCUGGGCUCUCUGCACUGAUCGGAGCUUCUCGCUGAAUUCCCAGGGGGCGGAGAGGAUGGCCACCGGGGCGCUGACAUCUGAGCGGGGCGACGCGGCGGAGACCGAGGACCCGGCCUCCCGCUUCCAGGUGCAGAAGCACUCGUGGGAGGGGCUCCGCAGCAUCAUCCAUGGUAGCCGCAAGAACUCGGGCCUUGUGGUCAACAAGGCGCCGCACGAUUUCCAGUUCGUGCAGAAGACUGACGAGUCAGGCCCCCACUCCCACCGCCUCUACUACCUGGGGAUGCCUUAUGGCAGCCGAGAGAACUCCCUCCUCUACUCCGAGAUCCCCAGGAAGGUCCGCAAGGAGGCACUGCUGCUCCUGUCGUGGAAGCAGAUGCUGGAUCACUUCCAGGCCACACCACACCACGGGGUCUACUCCCGGGAGGAGGAGCUGCUGCGGGAGCGGAAACGCCUGGGCGUCUUUGGCAUCACCUCAUACGACUUCCACAGCGAGAGCGGCCUCUUCCUUUUCCAGGCCAGCAACAGCCUCUUCCACUGCCGGGACGGCGGCAAGAAUGGCUUCAUGGUGUCCCCCAUGAAGCCCCUGGAGAUCAAGACCCAGUGUUCGGGGCCACGGAUGGACCCUAAGAUCUGUCCCGCUGACCCUGCCUUCUUCUCCUUCAUCAACAACAGUGACUUGUGGGUGGCCAACAUUGAGACGGGCGAGGAGCAGAGGCUGACCUUCUGCCACAAGGGCUUGUCCAGUGUCCUCGAUGACCCCAAGUCUGCAGGUGUGGCCACCUUUGUCAUCCAGGAGGAAUUUGACCGCUUCACUGGCUACUGGUGGUGCCCCACAGCCUCUUGGGAGGGGUCAGAAGGCUGCAAGACGCUGCGGAUCCUGUAUGAGGAAGUGGACGAGUCCGAGGUGGAGAUCAUCCAUGUGCCCUCCCCUGCACUGGAGGAAAGGAAGACGGACUCCUACCGGUACCCCCGGACAGGCAGCAAGAACCCCAAGAUCGCCUUGAAACUGGCUGAGUUCCAGACCGACAGUCAGGGCAAGAUCGUGUCAACGCAGGAGAAGGAGCUGGUGCAGCCAUUCAGCUUGCUCUUCCCGAAGGUCGAGUACCUCGCCAGGGCCGGCUGGACCCAGGAUGGCAAGUAUGCCUGGGCCAUGUUCCUGGACCGGCCCCAGCAGCGCCUCCAGCUGGUCCUCCUGCCCCCAGCACUGUUCAUCCCUACCACCGACAACGAAGAGCAGCGGGUGGCCUUCGCCAGGGCUGUGCCCAGGGAUGUCCAGCCGUACGUGGUGUAUGAGGAGGUCACCGACGUGUGGAUCAAUGUUCACGACAUCUUCUACCCCUUCCCCCAAGCAGAGGGAGCGGACGAGCUCUGCUUCAUCCGCGCCAAUGAGUGCAAGACUGGCUUCUGCCACCUGUACAGAGUCACCGCUGUCCUGCGGCCCCGCGGCUACGACUGGACCCAGCCCUUCAGCCCCGGGGACGAUGAAUUUAAAUGCCCCAUCAAGGAGGAGAUCGCACUGACCAGCGGCGAGUGGGAGGUUUUGGCGAGGCACGGCUCCAAGAUCUGGGUCAACGAGGAGACGAAGCUGGUGUACUUCCAAGGCACGAAGGACACGCCCCUGGAGCACCACCUUUAUGUGGUCAGCUACGAGGUGGCCGGCGAGAUCGUGCGCCUCACCACGCCCGGCUUCUCCCACAGCUGCUCCAUGAGCCAGAACUUCGACAUGUUCAUCAGCCACUAUAGCAGCGUGGGUACGCCACCCUGCGUGCACGUCUACAAGCUCAGCGGCCCUGACGACGACCCUCUGCACAAGCAGCCCCGGUUCUGGGCCAGCAUGAUGGAGGCAGCCAGCUGCCCCCCGGAUUACGUGCCUCCGGAAAUCUUCCAUUUCCACACGCGGUCCGACGUGCGGCUCUAUGGCAUGAUCUACAAGCCCCACGCCGUGCAGCCAGGGAGGAAGCACCCCACUGUCCUUUUUGUGUAUGGAGGCCCACAGGUGCAGCUGGUCAAUAACUCCUUCAAAGGAAUCAAGUACUUGCGGCUCAACACCCUGGCAUCCCUGGGCUAUGCUGUGGUCGUGAUUGACGGCAGGGGCUCCUGUCAGCGAGGGCUUCGAUUCGAAGGGGCUCUGAAAAACCAGAUGGGCCAGGUGGAAAUCGAGGACCAGGUGGAGGGCUUGCAGUUCGUGGCCGAGAAGUAUGGCUUCAUUGACCUGAGCCGGGUGGCCAUCCACGGCUGGUCCUACGGAGGCUUCCUCUCGCUCAUGGGGCUGAUCCACAAGCCCCAGGUGUUCAAGGUGGCCAUCGCAGGCGCCCCGGUCACAGUGUGGAUGGCCUACGACACGGGCUACACAGAACGUUACAUGGAUGUCCCAGAGAACAACCAGCUUGGCUACGAGGCGGGUUCCGUGGCCCUGCACGUGGAGAAGCUGCCCAAUGAGCCCAACCGCCUGCUCAUCCUGCACGGCUUCCUGGAUGAGAACGUGCACUUUUUCCAUACAAAUUUCCUCGUCUCCCAGCUGAUCCGCGCAGGAAAGCCUUACCAGCUCCAGAUCUACCCCAACGAGAGACACAGCAUCCGCUGCCCUGAGUCCGGUGAGCACUAUGAAGUCACACUGCUGCACUUUCUUCAGGAACACCUCUGAGCCCGGGGCCGCCUCGGGAGGGGCCUGCACAGUCAGAGCACAAGUGGCUCCACAGCCGCCAUCGCGCGUGCAGGGUGCCGCAGGGACCGAGUGGCCUCGCAGGCCCGGCACCGCACCCUCCCACCGGCCCGCGGGACUGCCCGCCCCGGGAGCCACCACCUUUGCCCCCACGCCUUUGAUCGUUUUUGUUCAUGCUCCUGGGUUUUCUGCCUGCUGCUUCAGGGUUGCCAGGAUGGAGCGCUGAGGCCAAUGUCCACAAAGCACUUCCUCAAGCCAUCCCACCGCUCCCCAUUGUCUGGGAGCCUCAACUCCACUGGACGUGGAGGCCUGAAAAGACUCCGAGAAGCCUGGCCUUUGCACCGCUCGCCCCGGGGGCAGGGUGGGGUGGGGGUGGCCAGGCCUAGGCUCAGGCCAGCCAGCGGUGCAGAAGCAUGCGGUUGCCUGUCCUCCCCACCUGCGCCCACUUGUGAUUUUUUUUUUGGCGGGGUGUGGGAGGGGCGUUUUUCUUUAUUAUUUAAAAGACAGAAAGCUAGGGGUGCCUAAAUCUAGAAUCUGGGUCUGCCGCCGGCCGCCGGGUUCACCCCAGCCAGCACCCGAGACAGGAGCCGUGCGCCCAGCAGACUGCAAGUGCGCAGGGGAGCGGGCAGCCCUCUGGCCCGGCUCUCCCCCGGCUUUCAGGCAGGCUCUGAAACGUGACUGGCUGGGGUCUGCUGGCCAGCGGCUGCUGCCCCCUCUCCAGCUGGGCCAUCUGGUCCCAUGUUUCUGCCUGGCCCGCACUAACCGGGCUUCCAGGGUUGGGAGUGGAACCCUCCCUGCCUCAGGGUUAUCCUUAUUCUUCCUUUCCCUCCUGCCAAGAGUUCUGCCAGGGGCGGGUUAAAAAAAAAAAAAAACCCAACAACAAAAAAAUCCCACCAGAGAGCCGAACCACCUCUACAUAUUAUGGAAAGAAAAUAUUUUUGUCAAUUCUUAUUCUUUUAUAAUUAUGCGUGUAAGAAGUAGACACAUUAAACAAUUCCAGAUGGAA